UUCACUUUACGGGCACUUCCGUGCAGUUGGGCGUGAUUCAGCAUCCAUGGUUUUAAAUGCGACGCUUCACAUCAACACGAAGUAGAGAUUUCUUCUCACAUAAUAAUGGGGGCUUUGAAAGAUUAUGCAACGCCACAAAAGCGCCAAAGAAGCGCCGCAUCGAAGCCAAUGUUUCCUUUCUCGCCCACCCAGGUUCAGCCCUCUGCACGCUCUCAAGACUCUGCAGCAAACAAGCGCCGUGUGGCACCGAGCGAUGGUCCACGGAACAUGCACAUCCAAACGCUCCCCACUACGUAA